AUGAGCACUGGGCAGGAUCACGGCACACAGCAGCAAAGAAUUUUCAGAAACCACCAGAGGCUUGUCCCGAUGAGUGACCAGCACCCCACCUUGGUGUGGCGCCCCCACUCAUCUGCUCCACCAUGUUCUGUGAUCUACCGCCUGCUGUCUACACCCAUGUUCCACAAGCACCUCCUGGUGGUUAGCGCAUGUCAUAGCUACAGGUUGUUCUGUUGUUCUGCCAUUUGGUCUAUUUGCAUAUUAGGGUUUUAUAUAUAUAAAGAUAAGGGCCCUCUCUACUCUAGUAUGACCUCAUCUUAA